AUGUUUCUCUGUUCUGUGUUUCAGUUUCGCACAUUCGACCCGUGUAAACAACUGUGGUGCAGCCACCCGGACAACCCGUACUUCUGCAAAACCAAGAAGGGGCCCCCUCUUGAUGGGACGGAGUGCGCCCCCGGGAAAUGGUGCUACAAAGGUCACUGCAUGUGGAAAAACCCAAAUCAGGUCAAGCAAGACGGGGCCUGGGGCUCCUGGAGCAAAUACGGCUCCUGCUCGCGCUCCUGCGGCACCGGCGUUCGCUUCCGGACACGUCUCUGCAACAACCCAGCGCCGUCCAACGGCGGCCAGGACUGCCCUGGAGUGAACUACGAGUACCAGCUGUGCAACAUCGACGACUGCCCCAAGCACUUCGAAGAUUUCCGAGCCCAGCAGUGCCAGCUCCGCAAUUCCCACUUUGAGUUCCAGAACGUCAAACACCACUGGCUGCCCUACGAACAUCCCGACACCAACAAGAGGUGCCACUUGUACUGUCAGUCCAAGGAAACCGGAGACGUGGCGUACAUGAAGCAGCUGGUGCAUGAUGGGACACGGUGCUCCUAUAAGGAUGCCUACAGUAUUUGUGUGCGUGGAGAAUGUGUGAAAGUUGGCUGCGACAGAGAAAUUGGCUCAACCAAGGUUGAAGACAAAUGUGGGGUUUGCGGUGGAGACAACUCCCACUGCCGCACCGUGAAAGGAACCUUCACCAGGACGCCAAAGAAAGCCGGCUACCUUAAGAUGUUUCUCAUUCCUCCUGGAGCUAGACAUGUGAUCAUCCAAGAACAUGAGGCCUCCCCUCAAAUUCUUGCCGUCAAGAACCAGGCGACGGGACAUUACAUCCUCAACGGAAAAGGAGAGGAGGUCAAGUCCCGGAGCUUCAUUGACUUGGGAGUGGAGUGGCAUUACAUCAUCGAGGAGGACGUGGAGACUCUGCACACCGACGGACCUCUGCACGACCCCGUGGUGGUUCUGAUAAUACCGAGGGACAAUGAAACACGCUCUACUCUAAUGUACAAGUACAUCAUCCAUGAAGACUCGGUGCCUGUUAACACCAACAACGUCAUCCAAGAGGAGACAUACGAGUGGGCUCUGAAGAGCUGGUCUCCGUGUUCCAAACCUUGUGCCGGAG